GAGAGGGAGAGCGCGACGGGGGGAGAAUAGCUGACAGUGCUAGCAGUAGCAAGCUUGGACUCUACACAGAGGAGAGAGAAUAUUGCUGUGCUCCGCCGAGACAAGAAUAUAUAUUUUUCUGCGUGCUGGUCCACUCCUCUCUCUAACAUCGGGAGGAAAGUUGUUUGUUUUAUUUAUUUAUUUUCCUACGGUAUUCAUUCACCUCCGUGUUGUCUGUGCUGGGAGCGUGGUAAGGGACUCUGUGGAUUGGCUAGCGAGCGGACGUUUGGAUGGAAAUGCAGCUCUAAAGAUCCUCACGCUCUCCUCUCUCCGUGCCUCUCUGGGUGGUUGUACUUUCCACUGAACCCAGCUUACCGCCUGACACUUCCCCAUGGGCCUCUCUGCAAACAGCAGCUGACUGGUGUCUGUUCUGAAAUUCACCAUGAGUCCUAUAACCAGCUCCUCUGGAGGGUAGAACUGGGCUCCUGUCUGUUAGGAGGAGAGGUGUGUGUGUGUGUGUGUUUUGGGGGAGAGGAAGUGUGUAUUUGUGGGCCAGCGAAGUUGGAGUUUCCGGUCUGUGUUUUGGAGGAUAACGUUAACAAGACUGGUCUUUGGUAACAGCCCUCGCUGGCGUCAUGCUGAGCCUGCAGGAUUCGCUCUUCUUUGAGAUCAGUAUCAAGUCUCUGCUCAAGUCGUGGAGCGGCAGCUCCUCGGCCCCAGUCAGCAGUGUGAGUAGACGCCGCGCCCCCUCCGUGGCCCCCCUGUCGUGGGAGAAGCGAAACGCCGCCGCCAUGUCGAGCAUCACCAUCGACCCCGAGCUCAAGCCCGGGGAGUUUGUCAUCAAGAGCCUGUUGGCUGAGUUUGCUGUGCUGGCUGAGAAGAAGAUUGAGGUGGUGAUGGCUGAACCGCUGGAGAAACUGUUGUCGCGAUCCCUCCAAAGAGGGGAAGAUGCGCAAUUUGAUCAGUUAAUAAGCUCUAUGAGCUCCAUAGCGGAACACUGUUUGCCCUCCCUGUUGCGCACACUGUUUGACUGGUACCGGCGGCAGAGUGGCACCGAGGAUGAGUCGUAUGAGUACAGGCCUCGUUCCAGCACCAAGUCCAAAGGGGAUGAACAGCAUCGGGAUAAAGACUACCUAUUGGAGCGGAGGGAUUUAGCCAUAGAUUUCAUUUUCUGUUUAGUUUCAGUAGAAGUUUUAAAACAGAUUCCUCUUCAUCCAGUGCCAGACGCUUUAGUACAUGAAGUUCUGAACCUGGCAUUCAAGCACUUUAAACACAAAGAGGGGUACUCCGGCCCCAACACUGGCAAUGUGCACAUCAUAGCAGACCUGUAUGCGGAGGUCAUCGGAGUUCUCACACAGUCAAAGUUCCAGGCGGUGCGUAAGAAGUUCAUCACGGAGCUGAAGGAGCUGAGGCAGAAGGAGCAGAGCCCCUACGUGGUCCAGAGCAUCAUCAGCCUCAUCAUGGGCAUGAAGUUCUUCAGGGUCAAGAUGUACCCCGUGGAGGACUUCGAGGCCUCCUUCCAGUUCAUGCAGGAGUGUGCCCAGUAUUUCCUGGAGGUGAAGGAUAAGGACAUAAAGCAUGCAUUGGCUGGCCUCUUUGUUGAGAUCCUCAUCCCUGUUGCUGCUGCGGUGAAGAAUGAAGUCAACGUGCCGUGCCUCAAGAACUUUGUGGAGAUGCUCUACCAGACAACCUUUGACCUUAGCUCCAGGAAGAAGCACUCUUUGGCUCUGUAUCCUCUGGUGACGUGCCUGCUGUGUGUCAGUCAGAAGCAGUUCUUCCUCAAUAACUGGCACAUCUUCCUCACAAACUGCCUCUCGCACCUGAAGAUACCGUCUAACAACAGCAUCCGAAAGCAGAUUGAGACACUGCAGAACAAAGACCCCAAAAUGUCCCGUGUGGCGCUGGAGUCCCUCUACAGACUGCUGUGGGUCUACAUCAUCAGGAUCAAGUGUGAGAGCAACACCGUCACGCAGAGCCGGCUGCUCAGCAUCGUUUCAGCACUUUUCCCCAAAGGUUCCCGUAGUGUGGUGCCGAGGGACACGCCCCUCAACAUCUUUGUCAAGAUCAUCCAGUUCAUAGCUCAGGAAAGGCUUGACUUUGCUAUGAAGGAGAUCAUUUAUGACCUCCUGUGUGUGGGGAAAUCUCACAAGACCUUCACCAUCAAUCCAGAGAGGAUGAAUAUUGGCCUGAGGGCCUUCCUGGUGAUAGCUGACAGUCUGCAGCAGAAGGACGGGGAGCCGCCCAUGCCCACCACAGGGGUCAUCAUGCCCUCAGGAAACACCCUGCGGGUCAAAAAGAUCUUCCUUGCCACCACCCUCACUGACGAGGAGGCCAAGGUCAUCGGCAUGUCGCUGUACUACCCAGCGGUGAGAAAGGCCCUGGACAACAUCCUGCGUCACCUGGACAAGGAGGUGGGGCGCUCCAUGAGCAUGACCAACGUCCAGAUGUCCAAUAAGGAGCCUGAGGACAUGAUUACGGGGGAGAGGAAGCCGAAGAUCGAUCUGUUCCGUACGUGUGUGGCGGCCAUCCCCAGGCUGAUCCCGGACGGCAUGAGCAGACAGGACCUGAUCGAGCUGCUGGCUAAGCUGACCAUCCACAUGGACGAGGAGCUGCGCGGUCUGGCCUUCACCACCCUGCAGGCCCUGAUGCUGGACUUCCCAGAGUGGAGGGAGGACGUGCUCUCUGGCUUCGUCUACUUCGUGGUGCGCGAGGUCACCGAUGUCCACCCCACGCUGCUGGACAACGCCGUCAAGAUGCUGCUGCAGCUCAUCAGCCAGUGGAGGCAGGCCGUCCAGACCAGCAACAAGACCCACGAGGCGCAGCAGGGCCCUGGAAGCGGGCCGUCUCUGCCCCUGGAGCGCUCUCCUCUGUGGGGGGUGCUGCACGUGGCGGAGGGCCUGGCACUGGUGGUUCUGUGCAGCUGCCGCCCCGCCACGCGCAGGCUGGCUGUUAAUAUCCUCAAAGAGGUCCGAGCCCUGCACACCGCUCUGGGCAUCGCCAAGGGAGAUGAGGAGUUGGCCAUAGAUGUGAUGGACAGGCUAAGUGCGUCUGUGCUGGAGAGCUUCAUCCAUCUCACAGGAGCUGACCAGACCAACCUGCUAUAUUGUCCCAGCGGUAUCGACCUGCAGACGCUGGCAGAAUGGAACUCGUCUCCCAUCAGCCACCAGUUUGACGUGGUCAGCCCGUCGCACAUCUGGGUGUUUGCCCACGUGACGCAGGGCCAGGAUCCCUGGGUCAUCAGCCUGUCCAGCUACCUGCGCCAGGAGCACCUGCCCAAGCACUGCCCCACCGCACUCAACUACGCCGGGAUGUUCGCCUACACGCGCCUGCAGCUGCUCUCUCCGCAAGUGGACAUCAACAGCCCUAUAAAUGCUAAGAAGCUGAACAGCCUGAGCAGCAGUAGUGACUCGUAUGUGGGGCUGUGGAGGAACUACCUGAUCCUCUGUUGUAGCUCCGCCACUUCCUCCCCCAACUCCUCCUCCUCCACCUCUGGCUCCGUCCGCUGCUCCCCGCCUGAGACGCUGGCGUCCACGCCGGACAGUGGCUACAGCUACGACUCUAAGAUUAUUGGCACUCCGUCCCCCUCAUCCCUGUUCAAACACGUUGUUCCGAUGAUGCGCUCUGAGAGCAUGGACAUCACAGAGUCACUCGUCCUGGGGCUUGGCAGGACCAACCCUGUGGCCUUCAGAGAUCUGAUAGAGGAACUGAACCCCAUCAUUAAGGAGGCUCUGGAGAGGAGACCUGAGAACAUGAAGCGACGUAGGCGUCGCGACAUCCUGAGGGUCCAGCUGGUCCGGAUCUUUGAGCUGCUGGCCGACGCUGGCGUCGUCAGUCAGACUGGGAGUGGUGGUCUGGACGGGGAGAGUCACUCUCUGAACUCGACACUGUUGGAGUAUGUGGAUCUGACGAGACAGCUGCUGGAGGCUGAGAACGACAAAGACUCAGACACACUGAAGGACAUCCGCUGUCACUUCAGCGCUCUGGUGGCUAACAUCAUUCAGAACGUCCCAGUGCACCAGAGGAGGACCAUCUUCCCCCAGCAGUCUCUGAGACACAGUCUGUUCAUGUUGUUCAGCCACUGGGCGGGUCCCUUCAGCAUCAUGUUCACCCCACUAGACCGGUACAGCGACCGCAACAUGCAGAUCAACCGACACCAGUACUGUGCUCUCAAGGCCAUGUCGGCAGUGUUGUGCUGUGGUCCAGUGGCUGAUAACGUUGGCCUCUCCUCUGACGGUUAUCUCUACAAGUGGCUGGACAACAUCCUGGACUCUCAGGACAGGAAGGUGCACCAGUUGGGCUGUGAGGCGGUGAUGCUGCUGUUAGAGCUGAACCCAGACCAGAGUAACCUGAUGUUCUGGGCUGUGGACCGCUGUUACACUGGCUCACGCCGCGUGGCUGCCGGCUGCUUCAGGGCCAUCGCCAACGUCUUUCACAACAGGGAUUACCAGUUUGACACUGUGGUGCUGCUGAAUCUGAUCUUGUUCAAGUCUGCUGAUUCAUCCAGAGAUAUCUAUGAGGUGGCCAUGCAGCUGCUGCAGAUCUUGGAGCCCAAGCUCUUCCGUUACGCUCACAAACUGGAGAUCCAGAGAACAGAUGGGAUCCUGAGCCCUCCCUCCCCGCUGCCACACCUCUACUCUGUCUCCUACUACCAGCUGUCUGAGGAGCUGGCCAGGACAUACCCAGAGCUCACCCUUCCCAUCUUCUCAGAGGUGAGCCAGCGUAUCCAGACAGCACACCCUGGUGGUCGCCAGGUGAUGCUGCACUACCUCCUGCCCUGGAUGAACAACGUGGAGCUGGUGGACUUCAAGCCGUCGCCACGGCGACAGGAACCCCCAGUCUGUGAGGAGGAGGAGGAGGCCCACGAGCGCGACAUGAUGAUGGUCAACAGCCGGCGCUGGCUCAGAGGGGAGGGCUGGGGCUCCCCACAUGCCACCACCAUGGUGCUCAACAACCUCAUGUUCAUGACCGCCAAGUACGGGGAUGAGUUUGCGUGGUCAGAGAUAGAGAACGUGUGGACCACGCUGGCCGACAGCUGGCCAAAGAACCUGAAGAUCAUCCUGCACUUCCUCAUCAGCAUGUCAGGGGUCAACAGUGAGCCCAGCCUCUUGCCCUAUGUGAAGCGGGUGGUGGUGUACCUGGGCAGGGAUAAGACUAUGCAGCUGCUGGAGGAGCUGAUGUGUGAGCUGGACCUGACAGACCCAGUGAGCUCUGCUGUCACUCACAUGGACAACCCUCCCUACUACCGCAUCACCUCUAGCUACAAGAUCCCCUCCGUCACCUCAGCAGGAACCAACUCCAGCAGUAACACCAUGGUGCCAGGAACCGACGCUCACCAUGACAGCAGCAAGAAUAAAGACUCCAACAUGGAUGACGGUUCCACCCAUCUGGACAUCUACAGCGGUCUGAACAGCAACCUGAACCGUCAGCACCACCGCCUGGAGUCUCGUUACAGCAGCAGCUCUGGAGGAUCCUAUGAGGAGGAGAAGAGUGACUCCAUGCCGCUGUAUGCUAACUGGCGUCUGAAGGUGAUGGACCACAACCGUCCCGAGCCCCUCCCUUUCCCUCCCACAGGGGGCUGCUGGUCCCCUCUGGUGGACUACCUGCCGGAGACGAACACCCCUGGAGUACCCCUCCACAGGUGUAACAUAGCUGUCAUCCUACUGACUGACCUCAUAGUGGACCAUGGGGUCAAAGUGGAGUGGAGCGCCUACCUUCACCUCCUGCUGCACUCCAUCUUCAUAGGGUUGGACCACCAGCACCCUGAGGUCUACGAGCACUGCAAACGCCUCCUGCUUCACCUGCUGGUCGUCCAGGGAACCAACAGUGGAGUCCAAUCCCUGGCCUCCGUGCUGCUGCGCAACCGAGAGUACAACGACCCAAAGGUGCUGACUGUGAAGCCACCGCCCCACGAGUUCAACCUCACAGGAGUGUGUGACUUUGUGCCAGACUACCAGCCGUCUCCCAUGACAGACUCAGGCCUGAGCUCCAGCUCCACGUCGUCCAGCAUCAGCCUGGGUGCAGGAGUCGUCCCCCUGCCCCACCUCACCCCCACCCUGAUCAACGAGGUGGAUGUCACCGCAGAGCAGUACGAGAAGGUCAAAGCCCUCAUCGAGUUUGUCACCUCCAGGAAGCGGGGGCCCCUGUGGAACCAUGAGGACGUGUCACCCAAGAACCCCAACAUAAAGAGUGCUGACCAGCUGAGCGUGUUCCUCCGACAUGUAGUGACAGUCUUCAAACAGUCCCAGUCAGGUUUCCAACUGGAGCAGUUGCUGAGUGAGGUCGCCCUGCAAACUGCUCUGUCCUGCUCGUCUCGUCACUACGCAGGACGCUCCUUCCAGAUCUUCAGGGCUCUCAAACAACCCCUCACAGCCGCAACGCUUUCUGAUGUCCUCUCACGCCUCGUAGAGACAGUGGGCGACCCGGGAGAGGAGGCACAGGGUUUUGUUAUCGAGCUGCUGCUGACUCUGGAGUCGGGGAUCGACACGCUCGCUGACACCGUCAAGAACUAUGACCUCCUCACUGCCUUGGCACAGGCCUCUGCCCAUGAGCACCUGCUGGGGGCCAAGUUUGCAGCUAAAAGGAAGAGCACGGGCCAGCUGAAUCUGAGUAGCGGUGGUCUUUUCCACCAAGGCCACUACCCCCACAGCCACACCCGCAGCAACUCCCUCCGCGCCAGCCUCAUGGGUGAACGAAAGGGAGACCGCCGCCGCAGUAACACCCUAGACAUCGCCGACCGGCUGGCCGGUAGCCACGGCAACCUAGCGCGAACGCAGAGCUUGUCAUCGUUGCGGGAGGGUGGCAGAGCGGGUCCUGGGGAGGAGGCCAUCCCUCCUGUGGACCCAUCCAACCUGAUGGCCACGGUGUUCUGGAUAGCGGCUUCCCUUCUGGAGUCGGACUAUGAGUUUGAGUACCUGCUGGCCCUGCGGCUGCUCAACAAGCUACUGGGUCAGCUGCCCCUGGAGAACGCAGACAGCAGGGAGAGACUAGAGAGGGUGCAGGCCAAGCUGAAAUGGUACAGCUUCCCUGGUCUGCUGCAGCUCUUCCUCAAGGGCUUCACCUCAGCUUCCACCCAGGAGCUCACCAUUCACCUGCUCAACAAGCUCAUCAGUGUCUCCCGCCACACACUGGUCGACCCCUCCCAGGUGGCAGGUAAGCGAGCAGGUUUUCCUCUGAACAUCCUGUGCCUGCUGCCUCACCUCAUCCAGCACUUUGACAGCCCCACUCCGUUCUGCAAGGAGACGGCGGAUAAGAUAGCCAAGGUGUGUGCCGAGGAGAAGUCCGCCACGCUGUCAAACCUGGCCCACAUGAUGAGCCUGUACAGCGCACACAGCUACUCCAGAGACUGCGCCAACUGGAUCAACGUGGUGUGUCGUUACCUGCACGACGCCUUCGCUGAGAUCACGUUCAAUCUGGUCACAUACCUGGCCGAGUUGCUGGAGAAAGGCCUACCCAGCAUGCAGCAAUCCCUGCUGCAGAUCAUCUACAGCCUGCUGAGUCACAUUGACCUGUCGGCUGCACCCGUCAAACAGUUCAACCUGGAGAUCAUGAAGAUCAUCGGAAAAUAUGUCCAGAGCCCGUACUGGAAGGAGGCCCAGAACAUCCUGAAGCUGGUGGUGUCUCGGUCGGCCAGCCUGGUGGUGCCAGACGAGGUGCAGCGCUCCUACAGCACCGAGUCCUCUGGAUCCCCAGAGAUCGCCUUCACUCGCAUCUUCAACAACUCCUCUAAGGAGCUGCCCGGCAAGACGCUGGACUUCCACUUUGACAUCUCAGAGACGCCCAUCAUAGGGCAUAAGUACGGGGACCAGCGCACAGCUGCAGGGCGGAAUGGGAAACCGCAAGUCAUCGCUGUGACCCGGAGCACGUCCUCCACUUCCUCUGGAUCCAACUCCAACGGCCUGGUGCCUGUCAGCUGGAAGAGGCCCCAACUCUCUCAGAGGAGAACCAGAGAGAAGCUCAUGAACGUUCUCUCUCUGUGUGGUCCUGAGUCUGGCGUUCCCAAGAAUCCUUCUGUAAGACACCUGGCAUGUCAAACUGUGGUGUUCUCAUCCAACGAGGACCUGGACUCCGGUGACCAGCAGACCAGUCUGAUCCCCACGGUGGAGGAGGUGGUGAGGGAGGAGGACCUGCAGGGAGAGGAUGCAGGAAGUGAGCAGCAGUUUGGAGUCUUCAAGGACUUUGAUUUCCUGGACGUGGAGCUGGAAGAUGCUGAGGAGUUGCAGGGGGAGAGCAUGGACAACUUUAACUGGGGCGUGCGCCGGCGCUCCCUGGACAGCAUGGACAAGGGGGAGGGAGACGGGGACACGCCGUCCCUGCAGGAGUGCCAGUACACCGGGAGCACACCCAGCCUCAACCUCACCAACCAGGAGGACACGGACGAGUCAUCUGAGGAGGAGGUACUGAGCGCUAGCCAGAUUCUCACCCGCUCUGGCCUCAUGAACAGUGACUCGGCUACGGACGAUGCCACGUCCAACCACAUGGACUCUCUGCAGCAAUCGCAGGAGUCGUCCAGCAGUGCCUUGACAGAGGAGACCACGGCCCUGCUGCCCCCCCAGGACAGCACUGCACUGGAGAUGCCCCGCUCUGACUCAAACAGCAGUCAGCUGCCUGAGGACGGGGUGAGCAUGACGGCGGCAGAUGAGCUGAGCAGCAGCGUGAGCACGGACACGGGGUUUGGCAGCAGCGCCCCCCCUCUGCCCCCUGAGCUGUGUGACCUCACCGACUCCCACUACGACCUGGACCCGGCCCCCCCUCUCCCACCGGCCAUAGACACCCCGCCGGGGUCCCUCUGUGAAGAGAGGGACUCCCUCACAGCCAUGCCUCUGCCCCCCAUCCUAGACAGCCCCUGUGGCUCUGUGUGUGAGGAGGACGUGACGCUGGCACUGAAGGAGCUUGACGACCGCUGUGAGGAGGAGGAGGCUGACUUCUCCGACAUGUCCAGUUCAGACUUGCAUGCGGUGAAGUGGAAUCUGGGGGGAGUGAGUCAACAACCAGAGUAUUGCUGGCAUCAAUAUCUCAGUCAGGAUGAGGGCGAUCAAGAUGGUUUCUCAGAGGUCCAGGCCUCUCCGCCCCCCUCACCCUUCCUCUCCGCCAUCCUGGCAGCUUUCCAGCCCGUUGCCUAUGACGACGAGGAGGACGCCUGGCGUUGCCAUGUCAACCAGAUGUUGUCGGACACGGAUGGGUCCUCUGCUGUGUACACCUUCCACGUGUUCUCCCGGCUAUUUAAGAGCACGCAGAGGAAGUUUGGCGACAUCACCCACUCGUCAGUGCGUUUCCUAGGAGAGCGGCUGCAGCGAAUGGGGAACCAGUUCCUCAGCUCCCUAGAGGUCAUGACCUCUCACUCCCAGUGCCCCACGGUGCUGCUGGACGCUGAGACGUUGGUGUCAUGUGGACUGCUGGAGACUCUGAAGUUUAGUGUGCUGGAGUUGCAGGAGCACCUGGACACCUACAACGGCAAGAGAGAGGCGGCUGAGGAGUGGCUGGAGAACUGCAGGAAGACGUUUCGUGACAAAGACGGCAACCAACAACCCAACACUCAAGCCCAGCAAAUGGAAAAACUAGCAGAGCUGGAGCUGUGUCGCAGGCUCUACAAACUGCACUUCCAGCUGCUGCUGCUCUUCCAGGCCUACUGCAAACUCAUCAGUCAUGUGGACACCAUCAAGAGAGAGGCAGAGGUGACCAACAUGUCAGAAGAGCUGGCCAUCCUUGAGAGCUGUUUGAAGCAGGUGGAGUCGGAGGUUGAUGGACAGGAGGAUGUGGGCGUGUCGGAUGCCUCCCAGACCAGUACGGAGACAGCCAUCCAAUCACUGAUUGAGACCCUGAGAGCCAGAGACUUCAGCUCUGCCCUCACACAGGUCAAAACCUUCAGGUCUCUGUGGCCUAACGAUAUCUUUGGGAACGAGUCAGACGACGCGGUCCAGACACUCCUGCACAUCUACUUCCGUCACCAGACGCUGGGCCAGACAGGCUGCCUGGCCGUGGUGGGGCCCAGCAGGGACCUGUCCCAGGCCAGCGGGCGCCUCAUGGAGCUCAACCUGCAGAUCAGAGAGGCUCUGAGCCAGGCCCAAACCUGCCAGGCCCCCCAGACCACAGUGGUCAGCACUGGACUGUGAGCCUUCAGGCCCAAAGACUGGACUGGACUAGUCUAGACUGGACUGCAGUAGACCUCUCCUGUAUGACUCACAGCUUCCAUCUGCUCUGGAGGCUGGGGAGACAGUGAUGUGUGUUUGGGGAGGACAGAAGAGACUCCACCUAAUAAGGGCUAAAGGAUGUGUGGGAAUAGCUGUGACUCAUAUAUAUUACAUAUAUAAAAUACUUUAAAAGCUCGUAUCUGUUUUCCCAGAAUAAGCCACCUUGCCAAAUUCAGCUGCAAUAAGUUGGGGUAUUAUGUGACGGGUGAAGACUGGCCCAGGAGCGAGAAGUAGGAAGGAGACAAUGGGGAUGAUGAUGCUAAACUGGAAGCGUUUUGGCGGAAAUUACCUGAUGGGUCUCCCAUAUUGGCCAGUUGCCUCCUCAGCCCCAGUCAGGAGACUGGUUGGGGUUUGAGGUUCGGUCAGGGAGAUGUGGUGUUCUUGUAGCAGAGAAGUUGGAGCAUGGGCGCCUUGGGAGUCGGUCCGGAAGGAAACCGGAUGGCUUUGUGAGAGGACAGGGCAGUCCUUGUCAAGAUUCAUAAACAAACACAAAAACAAAGAAAAAACUAAGUUUUCAAAAGCAUGCUUGAAGGAGAGAAGCACUGCAAUAAUAUUUUUUGAGAAAUGUACUAUUUUUUAUUAGAGCUAACAUCCUAGGUUGUAAAUGUUAGGGUAUUUAACAUGUAAUUGUAAUCCUAGGGGAGCUGUGUCCCCCUUCCCUUAGGGACUGGAAAAAGAUAAAUUGAUCUGUUUAUUCACCUGCGUUGGAGACUAGCAUCAUCUUCAGCAGGUCUUCUAAUGAAACUCACUCUGUAACCAAAUAAGUAGCUGCCUGUAGAGACUUUAGGCUGUGUGGUAUAUAUUCUUGUAUACACAAAUGCAUAUAAUUGCACAGAAGUGCAGACUGGCUACAACUCAUUAUGUAAACAUCUAACUUAUUUUACUCUGUAUAUAUUUUAGAAAAUGUAAAACCAGUAUUUUCCCCUUGUACUUUUGUUGCACUGUUAAUCCGAAUAGGAUGUAUGAAGCUGAUGUGAGAAAGAUAGCUGAUAGUCACUAAUGACCCACUCCACUAUUAUAAUCCUGUCACACGAACUUUAACAUUUCCCAAAGAUUGGCCUGCCUGGUGGGGAUUGUGGGUCAGUAAAUUGGAACUGGUUAAAGGCGAUAGCUAGCAUAGAUUCUGCUUCCUGUUGGACUGCCACAGCCCAACCAAGCCCAGUCCUAUGCAUUCCUUCUCUCCACUGUGAUCUCCAUGUUGGCCCUGGAACAGGCUCCUCUAAAAAGACAUGAGGGGAAACAGGCCUGUGUUUAUCCAUGUUGGCUGCACACAGCUGCACUGAUGGUGUGCCACGGCCCUGUGUUCUGAGGGGAAACUGCCAUUAAGGCUCUGCUUAUGCUUCUGAAAAGGCACUGCUUGAUGUCAGUGUUGCAGGAAACUUGUCAUGGCACAUUGUAAACGAUCACUGUACUCAUUCCUCACAGAACUUGUCUGUUGCAUUUGAAUGCUGAUCUUAGUUAUUUAACAGAUUUUCCUGGAAAAUUGUUUUUAAUUGUAGGGAUGCAUUACCAAUAUACUUUGUCAUCUCACAUACCAAGCCUUCUCUCUGGAUAAAUAAAAACUUGACCAUA